AUGUCUGCUCCAUCCUCCCCCAGACCGUCAUUUGAGUCCGAGGAACACCCAGUGUCCAACGGCAGCACGGCACAGGCAACAGAGGCCGCGUCGACCAGAGCCCACAGCCCACGUCGACGAUCCAUUCAGUUCAGUGUGGGAGGCACAGAGUCUCAAUUGCCGACUCGUUCAAUGAGCUUUAAGGACAAGCGACGCUCUUACGGCGAGUCACCGACCAAGGAAGAGUCACCGGACAAGGACAGCAAACAUCUCGCUGUCAACCGGGGGCCAUCGCCGCCUCCACCAAAGACUUACGAACGAGGCGUCUCCUUUGAUACGUUCGAUAAUCGGGACGCAGCCGACUUCUCGCUGACGCUGAAUUACAAACACAAGGGCUAUCAGAGUACCCGCCGCAGCAGGACAUUCCUAUGUGGGACUGACCAGAACGAUUACUCUGAAUUCGCGCUCGAAUGGCUGAUCGAUGAGUUGGUGGAUGACGGAGACGAGAUUGUCUGUCUUCGUGCGGUGGAGAAGGAUUCACGCAUGGCUAGCGAUGCCGCUAUUGAAGAGGGCAAGUAUCGCCAGGAGGCCGAGAAGCUGUUCGAGCAGGUCAUCCAGAAGAACAGCCAAGAUGAAAAGGCCAUCAGCUUGGUUCUGGAAUUGGCUGUCGGCAAGGUGGAGGAUAUCAUCCAGCGCAUGAUCCGUAUAUAUGAACCUGCGCUACUCGUUGUCGGCACUCGCGGCCGAAACCUGAAAGGCGUGCACAGCCUUCUCCCCGGCUCCGUCUCGAAGUACUGUCUCCAGCAAUCCCCUAUCCCCGUGAUUGUCGUGCGCCCAUCCCCCAAGCGCGAGAAGAAGAAGAAGAAGCGUCGCGCAGACCCAACCCGCCGAAGCUACAACCACAUCCUGGAGAUGAGCUCGCGGCGCGGCAGCCGCAUCUUCGACGCUAGUUCCAGCACAGAGAGCAGCACCUCCAGACUCCCCGACGAAGAAGCCGCCGUUGCCGAGGCGCUCGGUCUUCCGGCCUCAUAUGCAAACUCUCGCACGUCGCUGUCUGACCGCAGCAGUCUUAGCCACGAGGAUGCCGAGACACGGAAUUCCCUUGAUGACCGCCUCAUGAAGAGUCCGUUGAGCGAGAGCCCGACCUCCUCCGAAGAGAGUAUUAGUAUCAGCGAAGACACGCAGAGACCUCACUCGCCUGACGAACCGCCGGGAGAGUCUUCUUCUUCUUCUCCUCCACCCUUCGUCGACCGCGACUCAUCCGAAAAUGCCCAGCCGUCAUCGCCCGAGAUUACGACUACCCAGACCGACGCCGACGAGUCCGACUCCACGAAGCAGAACCGUAUUUCUAUUCCCACAAUCGAAGUCUCCAAUGACAAUGACGACGAAAAGAAAGAACCCGACGAGCGCUGA